GAUGCAACUCAGAUUCUUGAGUCGCCGUCGGUACUAACUACCGACAACGCGCCGAAUGCGCAUUUGGUCCCUACCCAGACACCCGGUUCCAACUGCGUGGUCGAACAUCCUUGUUCGACGGACAACAUCACCUCCCCCCUUAUUGCCGAGACCAAUGUCGAGUGCAUAUGUCCUGCAGCAUCCAUACUAGCUGACUCCGCCCAACCCACGUACCCAGCCCGUUCGGGAUGGGUAGAACAGAUUCGGAACGUCUUCGGCCCCCUCAGAUCCCGCGCAUCAUGCCGACGUCUGAUGGUUUCCUCUGGAUGCCUCUCCGCAACUUGGGUACAUCUGGCUCGCAGGUUGAAUUUACACUUCCCUACGGUCUCAGUCCUGCGUCUUGUGAUUCUGGACGCGUCGCAUUGAAGCAGCGUCGUCUUCACCUCCGCUCCUCGGCGAUUGCUGCUGCUUCUACUGUGCUCACGGAGUCAGAUCCCCGCUGUGCUCUUGUCGCUGAUGAGGAUGGCUCCGUCCCUGGUCGAAGCUUGCUCAGCUUCCUGCGACUUGUCUUUGCACCCGCCCCUGAGAUCGCUGUAAGCGUGGCUCCGGUUUGCGAGUCGGCCCCCCUGCAGCCACCUAGACCCACCGCUGUGACCAGGAACCCUCUUCCCCUGACCAAGUCUGUCGGUUGCCGCGUGGUUGCAAUUAAGGUCAAGCACGUCGCCUUUGGCCCAGCGAAGCCUAUCGUUCCCGUCAAACUCGCGUAUUCCGUCUCUCGGGAGUGGGUACAGCAGAUUUGUAACGUAUUCUGCCCGCCCCAGGCCCCGCGCUCUCUGCAUACGUCGCACGGGCUCUACUGGAUCACUUUGCGCUACUUUGGGACCGCUGGCGCCCUUCUGCACGGUCUCAAGUCUGCAUCCCCGGUCUCUCUGGAGCAGGUUUACCUUCGCCUCCGCUCGGCGGCGUUCGCUCACUCUGGCCAGCGCUCUGCAUUGGUCGCUGGUCGGCGUCCCUCUUCUGCUGCCCAGAUCUUGUCGGUCUUCCUUCAACUCGUCCUUGGUUUCAUCGAGGGCACCGACGACGCGACUCUGGACCUCGAGUCGCCGUUGGUGCUGACGCCCACGGACGGCACAGUCAGUCCUCCCGCAUUCGGUAUCGAGAACGCUUCUUCAAGUCCUACUCCCGCGUAUAAAGUCGCGGAGGAUGUCGAAGCGGACACGAAAACCGAGGGAGAACUGCCGGUGAGCAGCCAGAGGAAGCGCAAGAGGCAUCCGCGCGCUCGUGGCGGGAAGAAGGUCCAGGCGGCCAAGGCUCGCAAUAUGGCUGAGCAGGCACUGGAGGAGGCUGAGAACGUGGCACGACUUGCUGAGCAGAGUGCUUCUGAGAAGAUCGCGGCAGAUGUCGACAAGAUCAGGAGGCGUCCAGCUUGGCGGAUCCACGUCAGGUACAGGUCGCGCCAACGCGAGCGCAAACGGGAGCAACACCGACACACCUCGCACAUCGACCCGCAGGCGUCAACCGACUCGUGGCCGCCAGGCUCGUCGCAUUAAGGACAACUCUGAGGGAGCGAGCUCGCAUGACGACGAGGGAUCCAGACUCAAGGAGGGCGACAGAACGGCGGCGACGUCGCAGGUGCGAUGCGCAUUGCUGGAUAUCAUCUUCGCAGGGCGGGAGCUGAGUUCGUGGACCUGCCCCCUC